UCGCAUUAUAUAAUUCCUUGAAAUUUUCUCUGCAGAAAUCAGAAUUCUAACCCUAACCGUUCUCGAUCACGUAAUCCCUAAUUCAAUUCAGCAGGUAGAGCUUCAAUCAGCAGCAGAAACAAUGGGCGAGACGAAGGAGACCGAAGCCUACGAGGAGGAGCUUCUCGACUACGAGGAAGAAGAGGAGAAAGCACCUGAUUCCGUCGGUGCCAAGCUCAACGGCGAGACCGUGAAGAAGGGAUAUGUGGGGAUCCACAGUUCAGGAUUCAGGGACUUCCUCUUGAAACCGGAGCUUUUACGUGCUAUUGUUGACUCAGGAUUUGAACAUCCGUCCGAAGUUCAACAUGAGUGUAUUCCUCAAGCUAUUCUGGGAAUGGAUGUCAUCUGCCAAGCCAAAUCUGGUAUGGGGAAAACUGCUGUAUUUGUUCUUUCAACAUUACAGCAGAUUGAACCAGUUGCAGGCCAAGUUGCUGCACUUGUCCUGUGUCAUACGAGGGAAUUAGCUUACCAGAUUUGUCAUGAGUUCGAGAGAUUCAGCACAUAUUUACCGGAUAUCAAGGUAGCUGUUUUCUAUGGUGGUGUGAACAUCAGAGUGCACAAGGAUCUUCUGAAGAAUGAAUGUCCUCACAUUGUUGUUGGAACUCCGGGAAGGAUACUUGCUCUGGCUAGAGACAAGGAACUUUCUCUGAGAAAUGUGAGGCAUUUCAUACUGGAUGAGUGUGACAAGAUGCUCGAGUCUCUUGAUAUGCGGAGGGAUGUGCAGGAGAUCUUCAAGAUGACCCCUCAUGACAAGCAAGUUAUGAUGUUUUCAGCUACUCUCAGCAAGGAGAUUCGACCUGUUUGCAAGAAAUUCAUGCAAGAUCCAAUGGAAAUAUAUGUGGAUGAUGAAGCCAAGUUGACCCUUCAUGGUCUUGUUCAGCACUACAUCAAAUUGAGUGAGCUAGAGAAAAACCGGAAGUUAAAUGAUCUGCUCGAUGCCUUGGAUUUCAAUCAAGUGGUCAUCUUUGUCAAAAGUGUCACCCGAGCUGCGGAGCUAAAUAAGUUGCUCGUGGAGUGCAACUUCCCAUCUAUAUGCAUUCACUCUGGCAUGUCCCAGGAAGAAAGAUUAACUCGGUACAAGAGUUUCAAAGAAGGCCAUAAGAGGAUUUUGGUAGCUACAGAUUUAGUUGGCAGAGGAAUCGACAUUGAGCGAGUUAACAUUGUGAUCAACUAUGAUAUGCCGGAUUCCGCAGACACUUAUCUGCACAGGGUUGGUAGAGCUGGGAGGUUUGGCACCAAAGGGCUGGCCAUAACAUUUGUUGCAUCUGCAUCUGAUUCAGAUGUUCUCAAUCAAGUUCAGGAGAGGUUUGAAGUUGAUAUUAAGGAGCUUCCUGAGCAAAUCGAUACAUCGACAUACAUGCCAUCCUAAGGAGCUCCUCGUAGAGGCAGUGCAACAUCAGUUCUAGUUUUCCAAUUCCCUCCUUGUAUUUUUGCAGCUGAGGGUAGACCUUUUAUCCCAUGUAUGCUUUUUCUCCUAGAGAAUUUGAGGACAUUCUAAUGCCACAGAAACAUGUUAUGAUGAUAGAUAUCAGUCACAAAGAUUAUUGGUGAUCAUAUUUUUUUUUGUCGUU